AUGCCAAUAUUCGUUAUCAUCCUCAGAGGACCAUGUCUUCUCCACAGCACAUCACCGGAGCAGAAACUCAGGAACUGCGUCCUCGAGAUUCUGCACCGAUUACCUACUUCUCAACCUCAAACGUCACCGGAACCCUUUGAACCCUACGCCGAAGAGAUAGUUGACAUCCUAAUGACCCUGGUUCGAAAUGAUAACGAAGAUAAUGCUACACUAUGUGUGAAGAUCAUAUCAGAUGUCAUGAGGCAUCAGCCUAAGGUGCUGCAUGUGAAAGUUCAACCAUUCUUGGACUUGAUCCAGGAACUUUUCGAGCAGAUGGAGAAAGUUGUGAGAGAGCAACUCGAUAGCCCAACCAUUCCGUUCAACGCAUCGGGGCCACCAUCUACGCCUGGUAGCACGCAGACAAACUUCCAGUCGCCGCGCCCAGGAUCACCAGUCGCAUCAGUUACAGACUUGGGUCAGGAUCUUCAACAGCAGAGCCGGCCUUUGUUAAAAGGGAUGCAGUCCUUCAAGGUUCUAUCCGAAUGCCCAAUCAUUGUCGUUUCCGUUUUUCAGACAUAUCGAAAUAUCAUUCAGCAGAAUGUAAAGGCAUUCGUUCCCUUGAUUAAGGCUGUACUGUGCCUCCAGGCCAAGGCACAGGAACAGGCCCACAGCGAGGCGAAAUCUAAAGGGGUCGUAUUUGCAGGAGUUAGCCCGAACAUCAAGAAUCGUGCGGCUUUCGGGGAAUUCAUCACAGCUCAAGUGAAAACGAUGAGCUUUUUGGCAUACCUACUUCGCCAAUAUUCUAGCCAGCUUGCCGAUUUCCUACCGACGCUGCCUGAGAUUGUGGUUCGGCUACUCAGGGACUGCCCAAGAGAGAAGUCCGCAGCUCGUAAGGAGCUGCUAGUUGCGAUACGUCAUAUCAUAAAUUUCAACUUCCGGAGGAUUUUCCUUCCGAAGAUUGAUGAGCUCUUAGAAGAGAAGACGUUGAUUGGAGAUGGCUUGACGGUUUACGACACUCUUAGGCCACUGGCAUAUAGUAUGCUGGCCGACUUGAUACACCACGUUCGGGAGUCGCUCUCCCCAGAGCAAAUCCGAAAGACGGUUGAGGUUUAUACGAAGAACUUGCAAGACAAUUUCCCGGGCACCAGCUUUCAGACGAUGAGCGCGAAGCUAUUAUUGAACAUGGCAGAAUGCAUAUCAAAAAUGCAAAAUAAAGCUGACGCUCGACAUUACUUGCUCAUGAUUCUCAAUGCCAUUGGCGAUAAGUUUGCGGCAAUGAAUAGACAGUACCCCAAUGCCGUAAAGCUUUCUAAGCUCUAUGCGCAGCAAGCUGCCGACCAGGUCCCUGAUACAUAUCUUGCAGACAAGGAACAUCAUCCGAUGUGGGACGAAACCGAUAUCUUCACAGCCAUGCCGAUAAAGACAUCUAACCCUCGAGACCGUGGCACUGACCCAGUUGCGGAUAACAAGUUCUUGUUCAAGAACCUGAUGAAUGGCCUCAAAAACACGUUCUAUCAGCUAAGAACAUGUAAUGCCUCAAUACAGAUCGACCCCAAGAAUGCGCCAGCACAUUGGCAGGAUGUGUCGUACGGGUUUUCUGCCGAGGAGGUCAAGGUUAUUGUUAAGCUCUUCCGAGAAGGGGCUUACGUUUUCCGAUACUACGAGAUCGAAAAGCCGCUCGCCGAAUCACAAUACGCCUCCCCAGUUGAAUAUAUGGCUAAUUUCUAUAUGGUUUCAAGUAGCAAGGAGGAGAAAGACCUCCUGGAAACCUUUGCGACCGUAUUCCAUUGUAUUGACCCAGCCACCUUCCACGAAGUGUUCCAGCAGGAGAUUCCUCGCCUCUACGAAAUGAUUUUCGAACAUACCGCUCUCUUACAUAUUCCUCAGUUCUUCCUAGCGAGCGAAGCCACGUCACCGAGCUUUUGUGGCAUGCUCCUAAAAUUUUUGAUGGAGCGGAUUGACGACGUUGGUUCAGCUGACGUGAAACGAUCGUCUAUCCUCUUACGGCUAUUCAAGCUUGCGUUCAUGGCAGUGACCCUGUUCGCGAAUCAAAACGAACAGGUUCUUCUUCCACAUGUUGUGGAUAUUGUCACCAAGUCGAUCGAUCUAUCAACCAAGGCCGAGGAGCCUAUGAAUUAUUUUCUACUCCUUCGUUCGUUAUUCAGAAGCAUUGGCGGCGGGAAGUUUGAACACCUCUAUAAGCAGAUAUUGCCUCUCCUAGAAAUGCUUCUUGACGUUCUCAACAAUCUUCUGAUGGCAGCGCGGAAACCGACAGAACGGGAUCUCUAUGUUGAGUUGUGUCUCACGGUACCGGCACGCUUAAGUAACUUGUUGCCCCAUUUAAGCUUCUUGAUGCGUCCCUUGGUAGUCGCACUCAGGGCCGGUACGGAUCUUGUAGGUCAGGGACUUAGGACCCUCGAGCUCUGUGUAGAUAACCUCACUGCAGACUACUUGGACCCUAUAAUGGCACCAGUCAUAGAAGAUCUAAUGAACGCGCUCUUCGAACACCUUAAACCGCACCCAUACAGUCAUUUCCACGCCCACACCACAAUGCGUAUCCUCGGUAAACUUGGUGGCAGGAACCGAAAGUUCAUGACGGAAGCGCUCCCUGUUAACUAUCAGAAGUAUGCCGAUGACCCCUCUAGCUUCGAUAUGCGACUUAUAGGGUCAAAGAGGGAUCGUGCAUUUCCAGCCGAACUCGGGGUAGAUUUUGCUAUUCGUAAAUUGACUGAGAUCCCGAAGCCUUCAAAGGCCAACGCAGGACGACAGUUUGACGGAUACUAUAAAAAGCAGGCGCUGCAGCUAAUCAAAUCUCAGCUGAAACUACGUGUUGGGGUCGAUCAUCUGCCUGAAGACCUUCCUCGCUUGGUUCGUCUCCAGGCACAGGAUCUUCUCGCUCGGAAACCAGCGGCUGACUUUGCGGUAUUCAACACAUCGGACCGAGAGCGAUCUGUUGCCAAGAAGGACGAACAAGACGACAUCAUGAAGCGGCUAAUCAAGGCUAUCAUGUAUGCCGAGUCACUGCCCGAGUUCCGCGAAGAAGCUGAUGUUUUUCUCAUGAAUUUGUGUCGACAUUUCACUAUCAUUGAGAUCGGGCGAGGCCUUGUGGACGUUAAAAAGGAGUUGAGCCUUUUCGAUGCGCGAGCAGGAGAAGGGCCCCUUUACAUUGAUACGCGGGUUCUUGCGGAUGCUAUCGUCGAGUCACUCGCCUCGGAUCUACCCGACGUGCGAGAUGCUGCGUUCCGGGCGAUCCGCGCUGUCUACGAUUCUACUGUAACCAUUUUUGGAUCUGAGGCCCAUGUUGGCCGACUGGGAUUUUUCAACCAUCUGAGCAGGACGUUUUGUCAUGCUUGUAACGAGGAAGAGUGGUAUACGAAGACGGGUGGUAGCCUCGGCAUCAGAUACCUUCUUGUUGAAGUCGAUCUUGGGGAUGCUUGGGUCGCAGCUAAGCAAAUGGACUUCAUUCGAGCCUUGAUGUAUGUGAUUAAGGAUAUGCCGCAGGACUUACCGGAGAAGACUAGGAACUCAGCCCAGACAACACUUGAGUCCCUCCUCAGGAGAAUCACAACAAACGUGAAGAAAGAAGAUGCUUUACCUACCCCUGCACAGCCAGGCCAACCUCAUCCCAAGCCCUCGCGCCUAACCCAAAUUUGUGUUCUAUUCAACGAUGAGCUGUCUCACAUGAACAAACACGUUCGGGGUACAGCUAGGCGGUCGCUUGAAAUCAUAGCUCAUGCUGCUGGAGUAGAGAUCUGGGAGCUUCUACAACCUCACAAAGAUCGGCUAUUACAGCCCAUUUAUGCCAAACCCCUCCGGGCAUUACCGUUUUCGACACAGAUCGGAUACAUCGACGCGAUUGCUUAUUACAUGAGCUUAAAACCAGAUUUCGUCUCUUUUGAUGAUCAUCUCAACCGUCUACUUAUGGAGUCCCUAGCUUUAGCUGAUGCUACUGACGAGUCUUUGGCUGGUAAACAUGCCGAAUUCCGCACGCAUGAAUCGAUCGUGAACCUUCGGGUUUCUUGCAUCAAAAUAUUAAGCAGGGCGAUGGGAUUUGAUGAUUUCCAAAAAGGACAGGCCAAUCCAACUCGCACCAAGAUUGUAUCAGUCUUCUUCAAGUGCCUAUACUCGGAAUCCAAACCGACUAUCGAGGCGGCCAAUGACUCUCUAAAGGCGGUCCUUUCUCAAACCAAUAAGCUUCCGAAGGACCUGCUACAGCAAGGACUCAGACCUGUUUUAGCCAAUCUACAGGACCCUAAACGACUAAGCACUCACGGCCUAGAUAACCUUGCAAGGCUUCUGCGUCUCCUUACUACCUACUUCAAAGUAGAAAUCGGCGCUAGGCUGUUGGAUCACAUCAAGGUUCUUGCAGACCCGAACCUUCUUCAACAAAUAUCGUUCACCUUCUUCGAGCAGCACAGUCAAAUGAAGGUCGUUGCAGCCGUUUUCAACAUUUUUCACUUGCUACCACCUGCCGCCGAGCAGUUCAAAGAGCGGUUGAUCGAUACUUGCUUGGAGCUUGAGGACAAGCUGCGCCGCACGCACCACAGCCCUUUCCGACCCCCCUUAUUUAAAUACCUGAAUCGAUACCCUGCGGAAGUUUGGAACUUUCUGCUGAGUAAACUGGAGGACUUGAAAUACGGCCGAUUCUUAGCCCAGGUUCUUCAAGAUCCGGAAAGCAAGCCUUUGAGGGAGCACGCUGCUGCUAAUAUCGAUGGGUUGAUCUCCAUUUGCACCCAAGUUGUCAAUGCCGGAAAAGAGACCAGGUUCGUGGCGGUUGUGAACACUAUUAACAUCUUGAACUCCUUGAGCCAACACGCCAACACUCAGAAUUGGCUGGAGCGCAAGGACACGAUCUCGUGGCUAAGACAGACGGGCAAAGAUUUGGAACGCCAUCUACGAAAAAACAGUCUCCCCCCAGCUCUACGGCUCCCAGCCGACCAAGCAGCAGAACAACUUAUGGGCAUCUUUACCAAAGCCCUGUCUCUAAAUCCUAGGGAUUUGGAUGCUCUUUUCAGUCUCGUGGAUUCUGUUACAGCAGAAGAGUUGCGCGCCACGCCAUCCUUGUUUGAUUUCCUCUACAAGUAUGUUAUAUCCUGUGAAUCUCUUGAGUACUGGAAAUCGGUGGUCCUUCGCUGCCUGGACAUAUACGCAGGAAGGAGCUCAACUCAGAAGACCAAGUGUUUCCUGCUACAUAAUGUCGUUAAUCCAAUUGUUGCGAUGGACGUUAUGCGACACUGGAAUCAGCCGAGAGCACAGAGAUUAGUAGAUCGGGCCGUCAUCGAAUCCAUCAAUGUCAAGAUAUGGAAAGUUAAUCCCGGUGACCCUCAAGAUGACUUGGCACAGCCAGGUAUUGAUCACACAAGAAUGGAAGUCCUCCAACUUUCGGCGAUGUUAGUCAAGUAUCACCAUUCCAUCCUACAAGAUGCGAGGAAAGACAUCAUUAAGUUUGGCUGGACCUACAUCAGAUUAGAUGAUGUGAUCAACAAGCAUGCCGCCUAUGUUGUGAUAGGAUACUUCAUUGCGCAUUACGAGACGCCUCCGAAGAUUGUCACCCAGGUGUACUACUCACUUCUCAGGACGAAUCAGAAUGAAGGGCGCGCCCUGGUUACUCAAGCCCUUGAACUAAUGGCCCCGGUAUUACCUCAGCGUUGUACGGCCAUGCCGGGCGACCGUAACGCUGGAGAACGUAAUGCCGUCUGGGCUAUGGCACCGCGUCGUAUCUUGGCUGAAGAAGGGCAGAACGUUCAGCAGAUGACCAGCAUUUUUCACUUCCUUGUUAGGCAUCCCGAUCUAUUCUAUGAAUCCAGGGAUAAAUUUGCACUCCUGAUUAUCACAUCUCUGCGAAAGGUUUCUCCCUUCGUUUCAUCUUCGACCGAAAGUAAAAGACUCGCUUUAAAUAUGAUGUGGCUCAUUUGGCAGUGGGAAGAAAGGAGAGUUGAUGGUAAAAUCAGCGACUCAAAGAGGACGUUGUCCGAGUCUCCAAUCUCCAAGAAGCGAAGACUAGAUGGGGAACUUAUUCAUUCUUCGCCUCCAGUCGCUCGACAGGCCGCUCCAAUCGACAGAAAUGAGUUCCAAAUUCCUUCCAGUUUCCGACACAAGAUGGUUAAGUAUCUGAUCGAAUUUAUCGCACAACUUAACGAGAGGUUCCCACUGCCCUCAGCGAAGCCAAGAGAUGCUGCAUUAUCAUCCGCUUCGGUCGUUCCAUCUGUGUCAACAGAACUAUGCAAGAAAGCAAUGGCACUUUUAUACAACCUCCUACAGCCACAAUACUGGGGUGAUCUCGAAGUUGAUCUGUUCCCGAGUAUUACUGAGGUUGUGCUGGCUAGUGAGAGGACUACUAAGAUUCUAGGCACCGACCCGGCAGACAAGGAUAAUUAUGACGAGAAGUUCGUUACUAACAUCGUCAAUACCUUACAAGUGGUACGGAUCAUUCUCAAUUUCAAGUCUGAUGAAUGGAUUCUGAAGAACAUGGCAUCUAUCCAGAAGGUUGUCGAGAAAUGCCUCAAGUCAGAAAAUCCAGAACUACAAGAUUGCCUCCACCUAGCAGACAAAAAAUACGACGAUGGGCGUGAUGUUAGGUCAACUAUUCAGAGGAUUCUUGACGCCGUGCCAGAAGAUGUGCCAAUGGAAGAUGCCGAUGGUGAAGGCGAACCAGAAGCCCCUAUCUCGGAAAUCAUCACUUUCCUGUCUACCAUCGCCACGGAGUCCUUGGCAAAUGCCAACUACGUGUCAGGGGUUAACAUAUUAUGGUCUCUAGGCCAACGCAAACCAUCGAUUAUCGAGCAACACAUUGUUUCCUUGAUGAAGGCCUUACAAACUAAACUUGCCAGAGAGCAUGUCCAGCAUUAUACUAGCGCGGCUACACAUCAGCAGGCGAUGGGCCCAGGUGCCAUACGAGCCCAAGAUCCGAAUGCUCAGUCCGGAGAAUUGUCACCGUACGACCUCAAUAUUCAGACGGAUCUGAUGAUCAAAGCUAUCCAGGUGACCGCCAUGCGGAUGGAAAUACUUGGCGACCAUCGCCGACCCUUCUUAAGUGUGUUGGCCACUCUAGUAGAGAAAUCACAGCACAUACCUCUCUGUGAGAAGAUCCUUGAUAUGGUAGAGGGCUGGGUGUUCCGAUCUGAAGGAACAUGGCCAACGCUCAAAGAGAAGACGGCCGUAUUGCACAAAAUGCUCUCGUUCGAACAUCGAAGUGACCCAACAAUGUUGACGAAAUUUCUCGAAUUGGUCAUCCGCAUCUACGAAGAUCCAAAGAUCACGCGAACCGAACUCACUGUGCGUAUGGAGCAUGCUUUUUUGAUAGGAACUCGAGCACAAGACGUCGAGAUGCGCAACCGGUUUUUGACUAUAUUUGACAAGAGUUUGUCUAAGACAGCUACGGCUCGUCUGUCCUAUGUCAUCUGUUCGCAGAACUGGGAUACACUUGCCGACUCCUUUUGGUUGUCUCAAGCCAUCCAGCUUCUCCUAGGAGCUGUAGAGAUGAACUCUAGCAUUCAGCUACACCACCAGGAUUUCCGCACGCUUCCAGCAUCUGUCGUUUUCGGAACCUACGCCAAGGACACCAGAGAGCCCGCUACAAUGAUUGAUGACAAAUAUGAAAUAUUUAUGGCGAACCAUCGACGUUUUGUCGCAGAAUUGGGGGACGUAAAGGUUCGAGACAUCGCAGAGCCACUAACUCAGCUUCAACACAUUGACCCCAAUCUAUCCCACGACCUUUGGGUAACUCUAUUCCCCAUGUUUUGGUCUGCCACCGCGAGAGACGAAAAGACAGAGUUGGAGAAGGGUUUGGUUGUACUCCUUUCGAAAGACUUCCACUCUCGUCAGAUCGACAAGAGACCUAACGUGGUGCAAACCUUGAUUACGGGUGCCGCCAAGGCCUGGCCCGAAUGCAAGAUUCCCCCUCAUAUCCUCAAAUUCGGUGCAAAAACGUACGAUGCUUGGUAUACUGCAUUGGUACAACUCGAGAAUGCGGCGAUCAAGCCAGAUGUCGACUCGCCUAAGGUGCGAGAGAGUAAUCUUGAUGCGUUGGUUGAACUGUACUCGAGCCUGAAGGAAGAUGAUCUUUUCUACGGCACCUGGCGUCGGCGAUGCCAGUUUGUUGAGACCAAUGCUGCCCUAUCCUACGAACAGAAUGGGAUGUGGGACCAGGCACAGAAAAUGUACGAGGCGGCUCAAAUCAAAGCUCGGACGGGCGUUAUCCCAUUCUCCCAGGGUGAAUACAUGCUCUGGGAAGAUCAUUGGGUCCUUUGUGCGCAGAAACUUCAGCAGUGGGAAAUCUUGCAGGACUUUGCAAAGCACGAGAACCUCCAAGAUCUUCUACUGGAAUGUGCUUGGCGAAGUAUCGACAUGUGGCAAACCCAAGAGCAGCGCGAGAGUUUGGACAUGCUCAUUAAGGGAGUCAUGGACGCUCCCACGGCUCGUCGGGCUUUCUUCCAGAGUUUCAUGUCGUUGCUGAAAUUCCAUAAUAAACAAGAGACUGUUCAAGACUUUGGCCGUGUCUGCGAUGAAGCUAUACAGCUAUCCAUAAGAAAGUGGCACCAGCUUCCAAAACGUCUCACUGCGGCUCAUAUUCCUCUACUCCAUAACUUCCAACAGCUCGUUGAACUGCACGACGCCAGUGUAAUUUGCCAGAGUUUGGCCAACACGAACCAGGGGAACCUGGACGUGAAGUCGGGUGAGCUGAAGCUGCUCCUUGGGUCUUGGAGGGACAGACUACCCAACAUAUGGGACGACAUAACCGAUUGGCAGGAUUUGGUUACUUGGAGACAGCACAUCUUCGGGCUAAUCAACAAUACCUAUCUCCAGCUUCUUCCUCAACAGGGCCAAGGAGCAAACGGUGCCUCAUUCGCGUAUCGUGGGUACCAUGAAACCGCGUGGAUUAUCAACAGAUUUGCGCACGUGGCCCGCAAACACAACCUCCCUGAUGUGUGCAUUAAUCAGCUCAGUCGUAUCUAUACACUCCCCAAUAUAGAGAUUCAAGAAGCGUUCCUCAAGCUCAGGGAGCAGGCACGUUGUCAUUAUGAGAAUCCCUUGGAGCUUUCCAGUGGGUUGGAUGUUAUUAAUAACACCAACCUCAACUAUUUCAAUAACCAGCAAAAAGCCGAGUUUUUCACCCUGAAGGGAAUGUUCCUUGAGAAGCAGAGUAAAAAGGACGAGGCGGACGCAGCUUAUGGCACAGCAUUGUACUACGACAUCGGCAAAGCCAAAGCCUGGGCAGAAUGGGGUUACUUCAACGAUCGCAAGUUUAAGGAGGAUCCUACGGAUAUGAAUUCAGCCAGGCAAGCCUUAACUUCGUAUCUACAAGCCAUUGGUAGCUACAAGAGCGGCAAGGCCCGGAAACUGAUUGCACGCAUUCUCUGGCUUUUAAGUUUGGACGACUCGAAUGGAAGCAUUGCUGCCGGUUUCGAUGAUUACAAGGGAGAAACCCCUGUGUGGUAUUGGAUAACUUUCAUACCACAACUUCUGACCGGCAUGGCCCAUAAAGAGGCCCCCAAGGUCCAUGCGAUCCUUCUCAAGAUAGCCAAGGCAUACCCGCAGUCCUUGUAUUUCCAAUUAAGGACAAACCGAGAAGACAUGCUUGCUAUCAAGAAAAACCAGGAAGCCAAGGAGAAGGCACGGCAGAGGGUAUCGGGACCAUCCGCCGGCAAGCCACCGAGCGGCUCACCAUCACUUACCAAACAGGAAAAUACUCAGGCGAAACAAGAGUCAUCUUCCAGACCGGCGACCGCAAAUGGCGAGGUCAAGAUAGAUUCAUCUGAGGCCAAUGCCACGCCUGGGCCAAAUGGCGACCAACAACCCAACGGCGCUGCUUCGGUACCUGCCCAGAAAAGACCCCCGUGGGAGCUGACGGAAGAGAUUAUGUCUGUUCUCAAGACGGCUUUCCCUCUACUUGCACUCUCCAUGGAGACGAUGGUGGACCAAAUCCAGAAGUAUUUCAAGUGCCCUCCUGAUGAGGAUGCAUAUCGUCUCAUAGUCGCACUCCUAAACGACGGUUUGGCAUAUGUGAGCCGGAUGCCCGCUUCUUACGCAAGAGAUGUGAAGCUUCCGGUCGCUACCGAGACCAACAUCACUCGUUUCGCCGAGACCAUUCUCCCUGCACACAUCAAAAAAUCAUUCGAGGCCGACUUCGUCCAAGUGAAGCCAACGAUGUACGAGUACAUCCACAAACUUAGAAAGUGGCGUGAUAAGUUCGAGGAGAAGCUUGACCGCAGAAAUCCAAAAGCUUACUUGGAAUCGUACUCACGUCACCUCAGCGAGUUUCGUUAUCAAAAGUUCGAUGACGUCGAGGUGCCUGGUCAGUAUUUGCAGCAUAAGGACAAGAACCAAGAUUUUAUUCGGAUCGAUCGCUUCCUACCUAACGUAGAUCUUGUUCGAGGCAUUGGUGGCUCCUAUCGGCGGUUGAAGAUCCGUGGUCACGAUGGUAGUGUUCACUCAUUUGCUGUUCAGCACCCAGCAGCGCGACACUGUCGACGAGAAGAGAGGAUUUUGCAACUGUUCCGACAUCUGAACGAGACACUUGCCAAAAAGAAGGAAAGCAGGCGUCGUGACCUGCAGUUCACAGUGCCAUUGAUGGUCCCUCUUGCUCCUCAUAUAAGAAUUGUACAGGAGGACACAUCCUAUAUCACACUGCAGGGAAUCUAUGAAGAUCAUUGUCGGCGUAACUCAAUGCUUAAAGAUGAUCCUGUCAUGUUCACCAUGGAUAAGCUGAGAAAUCUCAUCGACCCUAAGGCGACUGUAAGUACUAUUGGUCUUAAUUCCAAGUUAGCAGGCCCUGACAACUCCCUGCAGAAGCCCCCUGAGCAGACGGCGACGGCCCGCCUAGAAGUAUUCACGGCCAUACAAGAGAAGUGGGUGCCUCACACUAUCGUCCUCGACUACUUCCAGAGCAUCUUCCCCGAGUUCUCCGAGUUCUGGUUAUUCCGACGCAGAUUCUCCUACCAACUCUCAGCACUCACGUUCAUGACAUAUAUACUAUACAUGACCGGAAGGUAUCCCCACAAGAUCAACAUCGCCCGUGGUUCAGGCAAAAUAUGGGGUUCUGAGCUUAUGUCAUUCAUGGCACCUGGCAAGCCUUUCUUCCACAACCCGGAGCCUGUUCCUUUCCGUCUCACCCCCAAUCUCCAGACCCUCAUGGGACCUCUAGCAACGGAAGGCAUAUUCAGCUGCUCGAUCAUGGCCAUCGCACGUUGCCUAACUGAACCCGAAUUCGAGCUGGAGCACGCAUUGACCUUAUUCGUGAGAGAUGAAGUGAUCUUCUGGUUUACCAGCAGCCAUCGUACUAUUCAUCUCAACGAGAACCAACUCCGCGAUACGGUCCAGACCAAUUGCGAUAUGAUAGUCAAGCGUGCCGUCAGUCUAGCUCGUCGUCCCGAGGGUACCCUGCCUGCGAACCAAACUGUUAUCGACCUGAUCGCUCGCGCUGUCAACCCCAUGAACCUUGCACAGUGCGAUGCCCUUUGGAUGCCCUACCUCUAA